CCCAGCUCCGCAUCCUUCUCUCUCUCCAAACUGCAAAACUGUUUUUCCUUCCACGCCUUUCCCCACGGUCGCAUCUUCCCUUCAAGUGGCCCAUGCUGGGGGCUCCGGCCAGUCGCAAUCCGUUAAGAAACGCAGCAGCCUGGGAAGCAUCUGGUGGGUUUCCUGGUUGGUGAGAAAGAGACUUUUUUUUUUGACUGGAGUCCGCUAAUGCCUUUUCGUUUUCCUCCGGGCAGAGGAUGAGAAUUGCCUGGCCUGCCAACCAGGAAAGUGAGGAAGAUUUAGCAGUUCUUUUUCCAAGUAUCAAAACCUAAGGAAAAGGACAUUUUGGGUGCCUGAUUUCGACCAGAUGGCCGACUGGUGAAAAUUUGAGAAAGAAGAAGGAAAAAAAGGAGGGGGAAAAAAAACCCUGGUUGCCAGGAUGGGCACUGCAAUUUGUACCCGAAGGCAGAAAGGUCUUUUACAAACCGGAUUCUGCCUCUUGGCUCUAGCCUGCCUGGGCUCUGGAGUCCUUCUCUACAAUCACCUCCAGCAGAAGGUGAAGGCUGCUGAAAGCUCAGCGUCCAAAUUCAAACAGCAACAGGAGGCCCUUUCGGCCCAGCUGCAAGUUGUUUAUGAACACAGAUCCCGGCUUGAACGUUCAUUGCAAAAAGAACGCAGCGAGCACAAGAAGACAAAAGAAGAUUUUUUAGUAUACAAACUGGAGGCUCAGGAAGCACUCAAUAAAGAAAAGCAAGAUUCUAUGAACAGAUAUGGGGCCUUAAGCUCACAGCACAAGAUACUGAAGAACCAGCAUGAAGAAGUCAAGAAGCAGUUUUUGGACCUGCAGCUGCAACACAAUGGGCUGAAACUGGAGCACCGCAAGGCGGUGGAGACCCACAACCAGAAAUAUUCCCAAUUGCAGCAGGAGAAGGACAACAACGUGGUGGGAUUACAAGAUACUGUUUUUAAACUAAGGGAAGAAAGCAAGUUACUUCGUAAAGCCCACCAGGACAUUCACUCACAACUUCUCAAUGCUCAGGUCCAGAUGGAAGAGUUCCAGAAGCUGAAGGAAACCCUUCAAAAGAUGCCAAGUUUUAAGGAUGGGGGAGCAGCCAAAGAGCAGCAGAUGCAACAUCAUUACGGUCAGCUUAGCGUGUUGCAGCUUGCUAGACCAAAGGCUUCCAAGGGCAAUGGCAUAAAAGCACCUCUGAGACCACAGAACCAAGCUGCAGUUCCUGCUGGGAGCCCCCUCGCCAUUCUAGCCCCUGGUAUCAAACACCAGGGAGAAGAGAACUUGGUGCAUGAAGGCCAGAUUUCACACAACGAUGGAGCUGGACCGCAGGGCAACGUGCUGUUUGGCCAACUGGCCCCACCUAAGGCAAUUAAUUUGCCACUUGUAGCCCAGCCACCAGCCAGGCAUAAAGAUGCACCCAUGAUUCGUUACACCAGGAUGAUGAAUAGUGUGCAGAGCCAGGAUCCAGAAGCAAUGCAAAACGUGCAGGAGGAACAGGACCAUCCAGAAGCAUUUGCACCCAGGUUCAAGCUCCCAGCUGCUUCGGAGGAAGGACAAGUCUUGGAAGAAAAACUCUCAAACAAGCAGGACCAAAGGGUGCAGAGCUGGCAAGAGAUAGUCCACAAAGUCAACUCCCAGAUGGAUGAGAAGAGAGCACUUCCUUACCUACAAAGCUACCAUCUGGACACGGUAUCUGAGCAAGGCGGGACGCUUGGCAGUCAAGCACAGAUGAGCACAGGGCAGCCGCAGCACACCAUCUGGGGAGCUGAAAAAGGAGGAACGGAUGACAGAGAACUACACAUGGAUGCUGGCAUGAUUAAGAAAGAAAACCACACAUACCUACAGAAGGAAGUGGUUAUCCAAAAACAGAUGGGACCCAGAGAGGUUGCUGAUCCAGCCCAGGACCCCAACAAUCAAGGGGAAGAUGAGUUUGAGGAGGCGGAACUGGAAAGACCUGGCUUCGAAGAAAAAGCGGAUUCGGCCGAACAAUCUCACCAGACAAAUCGGCCGGCUAACACUGUGAGCAAGGGAAAGCUACAGCAGGAAGCUGAUGAGCCAAAGAAAGUCACUGACAAUUUAAUGGAUGGUUAUCAGGAGGACCAAGAACAAGAUCCUGAGGACCAUGGAGGUGAGGUGGGUGACACUGAAGAUUUGGAACAGUUCCAGGAACCCAAAGGCCAUGCUGGAGAUGACAGGAAGGAGGAUUACUUUUGACGAUGGGCUGGGGGGCAGAAAAAAGCCACCAAGAGAGAUCAGAACCAAAGACUGUUGCAAUAAACUUGGCCAAGGGAGGUGGGGGGUGAGCUCCAUCUGUUUUCAGAAGGUCAUUGGCUACACUGACCAACGGAGAUAUAAACCCACAUCUUGUUAGCAAGGACCGGAAUGACAUGCAGCACCGAUCUUUCAGAAUGUUAUCAUGAAUAUGAACAUCAUAAUGUCUCUUCAUGGAGAAUGGGGCUCAAUAUAUCAAUAAAUCAAGGUUCUCCUUUGGAAGAUUCCUUCCCUGCUUACGCUUGUUUGGACCACGGGCAGGGCCUGAUGUAACACAGAAGUACUGUUACCGUUUUGGCUACUUGCAUUUCCCUUUCCCCCAUCUCAGAUUUGCCUGACUGCUGUUCAGUGAAAACUCAUCACCUUUAUAUGUACGUAUAUUGUAUAAACAGAGAAUUCAUUUGGUAACAAGUUGUCCAUUAAUUGUC